GGGGAGGGCCCUGCGGGCGCGGGUGCAUAAAGCCCAGCCCCACCGGCCUCGCCGCGCCGCUCCGCUCCGCUCCAGCAUGGGAGGCGCCCGCCGCCACCUCGCGCUCGUGCUGUGCACCUUGCUGAGCCUUCCUGAAGCUGGACCCCAGGAGACAAAGAGCUGCCAUAAGUGGUGUCCAGCCAACUCGGAAUGUGUCAGUAUCAGCACCUGUCGCUGUAAGCCAGGCUUCACCCCAUCGAAGAUGCUCAUCACCGACCCUACAGAGACCUGUGAAGACAUCAAUGAAUGUCUGUUACCCAUGGCAGCCAUCUGUGGAAAAUAUGCAACAUGUGAGAACACGGAGGGGAGCUACUACUGCAUGUGCAAUCCAGGAUAUGAGCUCAAAUCUGGGGCAAAAAAAUUCACUAACCAGAGUGAGAACACAUGUCAAGAUGUGAAUGAAUGUACCUCGGGACAGAACCCCUGCCACAAAUCCACCCACUGCAUCAACAAGUUGGGUGGCUAUUCUUGCAUCUGCCGCCCAGGCUGGAAGCCAAUUCCUGGAUCCCCCAAUGGGCCGAACACCACCAAAUGCGAAGAUGUGGACGAGUGCAGCACCAGGCAGCAUCAGUGCCACAGCUCCACUGUGUGCAGCAACAGCGCUGGCUCCUAUAAGUGCCACUGCCGCCCUGGCUGGGAGCCAGUUCCCGGGUCCUCUAGUGGCCCAAAGAACACCACUUGCAGAGAGCUGCUUUUCCCCACCUGGGCACCACCCAUGGGAGUCAACAGCCAGAGCUUCUCCUGCUUCUCUGUCGAAGUCCAGAAUCUGCUCAGAGACUUCAAUCCAGACAAUGCCAACACCACCAUUCAGAAACUCAUUGAGGCCUUGGACAAGCUGCUGGAAGCUCCUGGGGACAUAGAGACCCUCACCCUGAUGGCCCGCCACCAACUGGCCACCCAACUGCUCUUGAACCUUGAACAAACACUUCGGACUUUGGCACAGUCAUUACCCAAAGGCCUCUUCAUCUACACAUCCCCUUCAAACACAGAACUGUCCCUGAUCAAGGAGCAAGAGAACACAGGUAUCACUACCGUGGGCCACAACCAGGCAUCGAUGGAGCUGAACUGGACUGUGGCAGCUGGAGCCAAAAGCUCAGGAAAUGGCUACGCUGUGGCAGGCAUCCUGUCCAGUCCAAACAUGCAGAAAUUGCUGGCCAAUGCCUCCUUGAACCUGGAUAAGAGGCAAGUAGCACUGGAGGAGUUCUAUGAUAGCCCAGUCCGUGAUGUUUCACUCAAGCUCCUCUCGAACGUCAGUUCUGUCUUUAUGACCAACACGGACACCAAGAAACUGGCCUCAAAUGUCACCUUCACCUUCUCCUACUCUCGGGAGUCUAUUGGGCCUCGCCAAGAGCUCAUCUGUGCCUUCUGGCAAGGUCAGAGCAACGGAAGCGGACGCUGGGCCACUGAAGGCUGCUCAAUUCAAAGCCCGAAUGGCACAGAAUGCACCUGCAACCACUUGAGCAGCUUUGCCAUUCUAAUGGCCCACUAUCAUGUGCAGGACCCAAGGCUGGAACUGAUCACCAAAGUGGGGCUGUUGCUCUCCCUCAUUUGCCUCCUGCUGUGCAUCCUGACCUUCCUGCUGGUGCGGCCCAUCCAGAGCUCACGCACCACAGUGCACCUGCAUCUGUGUAUCUGCCUCUUCCUAGGCUCUGUCAUCUUCCUGGUGGGCAUCGAAAACGAAGGUGGUGAGGUGAGCCCACGCUGCCGCCUAGUGGCCGCACUGCUGCACUAUUGCUUCCUGGCCGCCUUCUGCUGGAUGAGCCUGGAAGGCCUGGAGCUUUACUUCCUUGUGGUUCGAGUGUUCCAGGGCCAGGGCUUGAGCACGCGUUGGCGUUGCCUGAUUGGCUACGGAACGCCUCUGCUUAUUGUGGCCAUUUCGGCAGCCUCCAACAUCCAGGGAUAUGGCCGCCCAACCUACUGCUGGCUGGACCACAGAAGUGGCUUUCUCUGGAGCUUCGUGGGACCCCUGGCAUUCAUCAUUUUGUGUAAUGCUAUCAUUUUUGUGAUCACCGUCUGGAAGCUCACAAAAAAGUUUUCGGAUAUCAACCCUGACAUGAAGAAAUUAAAGAAAGUGAGAGUGCUGACCAUCACUGCCAUUGCCCAACUCUUCGUGCUGGGCUGCACCUGGGUCUUUGGCCUGUUCCUCUUCAACCCCCACAGCACCUGGCUGUCCUACAUCUUUACCCUGCUCACCUGCCUGCAGGGCUUCUUCCUCUACUUGAUGCUCUGCCUGCUCAACAAGAAGGUGAGAGAAGAGUAUCGGAAGUGGGCCUGCAUGGUUGCUGGGAACAAGUACUCAGAGUUCAACUCUUCCACAGGCACUGGCACCAGCCAAAAUCAGACCCGGGUCCUUAGACCUCCAGAGUCCGGGAUGUGAAGGCAAGUUCCAGCCAGACCAGGAGCACACAAGGUUGUUCCUCUUCUGCAUUGUGUCCCAGCUUCCCUCCCCACUUUGGGCACCAUGUGUCACAGACUGUACAGCUGGCUCUGCGCCCAACAGGAUAGAGACCACUGAUCCUGCUUCUGGCUGUUCUUUGCCCAACCACAGCUAUCGCUUACCAUGGGGACAGAAGCCAACCCAGACCUGCAGAGCCCACUGCCCUGGUACAGAAGUUGUCCUGAGGUCCCUUAUCCUCAGCCUGGUUCUUUCCCCUCAACUGUCUUUGGCACAGACGAGGCCAGGGUGCUGGUUUCAACUUCUUUCUUAAGCUGAGACUGAUGUCAUGUCAGAGGCCAAGGACCCUGCCUACAACUGGCUCACGGUACAGAGACCCAACUCCCCACCCGCAGAGUGGAAGGAUCUCAUUAUUAUAAAGGUUGUGGAUGUUUUGUAAGGUUUUUAUCUGGUAACACUUAAAAUUAAAUAUCACACUGAUAGAAAA